CUCCUAGCUUCAACCCUGGAAGAGGAAAACUCUGCUGAGGAGGAGGAAGCUGAUGUCAAACCAACAGCUUCGGAUUUGAUGCAGUCGAGUUCAUCUCCGUCUUCUGAAGCGGCGGGAAGCACAGGCAGAGACAGCUCCUCUCCUGCAUCGGUGGUAAACGGGAUGAAAGUGGUGAAGUUAUCAAUCCCCAGAUUGGAGUCGGUGAGGAUGACUGAAGAGAUGAAGUCAUCUCCUUCGCCUCCUUUGGCCAAAGUGAAGGACGAGCCGGUGGACGAGGAGUACGAACAGGCGCUGAUUUCCUCCACGUCUACAGCGAGCGUCAAAGAUGAACCCGCCAAGGAUGACCUGAGGAUCGGUUCGGUGUACUCUGUGACUCCCUCUGGAGACACGCGUCCCUGCAUCAGCCCGUCAUCCGUCCACAUGUCCUGCUCCAACUGCAGGAAGAACCUGCUUAAAGGACAGACGGCUUUCCAGAGGAAGGGCUCCCCGGCGCUGUUCUGCUCCACCGCCUGCCUCACUUCGUCGCUUCCAUCCAAAGGAGGAUCGAAGCUCUGUAACAACUGCCAAAAGUCGAUCACUCGGCCUCAGGAUGUGGUUCUAGCUUCAGACACCAACGGAACCAUGAAGGAGUUCUGUGGCCAGAGCUGCAUGAACUCCUUCAACUACAAGAAACAGGGGCUCAGCCUCCGCCCCGCAGAUGCACCGCCAAAAACCCCGCAGACCCAGUCGCUCUGCAGCAUGUGCUCCAGAUUCAGCACCAGCAAACACGAGGUGAUACUGAGGGGCACCAUUCACAAGAUGUGCAGCGACUCCUGCUUCAACCGUUUCCGCACCCUCAACAACCUGACCAUGGCCGGCUGCGCCAACUGUGGCUCGUACUGCCAGAGCAAACCCGUCAUGCUGAAGCUAGACGAUAGCAGCAAAACACUGUGCAACAUGGACUGUUUGGCCAAAUAUAAGGAGAAAACAAAGGUGAUUUUGCAGUGCACCAUGUGCCGCACUCCGCAGAUGCUCCACCAGAUGACCAGCAACAAAAACAGCGACGAGUCCGUGAACAUGUUCUGCAGCAACAGCUGUUUGAUGGCCUUUAAGGUCCAGAGCGUCAGUUCUUCAGGAGCUCGGUUGAACUGUGAUAACUGUGGUAAGAACACAGUACCUUCGUAUCACCUGGCCAUGUCAGAUACCUCCAUCAGGAACUUCUGCAGCAUGCCGUGCGUCAUGACUUUCCAGGACAAGUUCAAGAAGAAUCAGACGCAGGUGAAUGCUUUCACCAAGCUACCGGUCGGGUCCUCCCAGUCCAAGAUCGCCACUCCAACACAGCUGGUCGAUGCCAUGAAGCUCAACUGCUUCCAGUGCAGCCAAGUCAUCACGUCUAAGCCUGAGAUCAUCCAGAUACAGGACAAGAUAGUUUUCUUGUGUAGUUCUGACUGUUCGAUGGAGUACAAGAAAGCCAACGCUGUGAUGAGUCUGUGUGAAUACUGCAAGAUCGAAAAGAUCACCAGAGAGGCCAAGAGAAUCAACAACAAAGACUGCUACUUCUGCAGCGACGGCUGUAAGCUCCUCUUCAGACACGAGCUGAGUAAAAACUGGGGGAAACACUGCAACUCCUGCGUUUACUGCCACUGUGCCUCCAAGAAGCUGGUGACGGCGCAGUACGGAGGCUCCAUCGAGGAGUUCUGCUCCGAGGAGUGCAGGUCCAAAUACACCAUGCUGUUCUGUCAUGUAGCAAAGUGCGACAGCUGCGGGCGUAAAGGGAAGCUGAAGCAGAGUCUUCCUUUGCUGGGAGAGGUCAAACAUUUCUGUGGCAUCAGCUGUCUGCUGAGGUUCUGCUGCGAUAAGGCGGCCACUCAGGGGGAGGUCCCGAAAGCUACAGGUGAGGCCACCCCCGUCAUCGCCAGCGUCAUGUCCCUCGCUGACCAGUCAGCUGGAAAAUCCAAAUCGGCAGAUAAAACAGCCCAGCCAAGCUCCAGGUUAAAGUCAAGGACUUCUGGAAACAUCAGCGUCCAGACGGACUCGCCCAAAGCCCAGCCCGCUGCUCCUCCUCCUCCUGCCGCUUCGGCUCCAAAGUUACUGAAGAACAAAGCUCUGCUGUGUAAACCUCUGGUGCAGAACAAGGGAGUUUCCUGCAAAACACAGACGGUCAGCGUGGAGGCGCAGACGGAUGACAUGCUUCCUAGAGUCAUUGUGCUUCCGGUUCCAGUUCCAGUUUACGUUCCUGUUCCCAUGAGCAUGUACAGCCAGUUCGCUCCCAAACCUCUGACCGUGCCUUUACCCCUGCCUGUGCCGAUGUUCCUGCCAGUGACGAUGAACAGCGCCGAGCGCAUCGUGGAAACCAUCCAGGAAAUCAAGCAAAAGAUCCCGUCGGAUCCGUACGAGGCGGAGCUCAUCCUGAUGGCUGAGAUGGUGGCAGAAGGAGACGAGGAAAAGAACGACAAGCCGGAGACGAGGAAAGAAAAAGCAUCGGGGAAGGAGGCAGAAAGUAAAGAGGCUCCUGCUCCGGACGAUCACAUCAGUAACUACAGCGACGAUCUGGAUACGGACGACUUGGCCAGUUUCCUGAACAACUGGGAGGAAACGUCCUCCGACGGCGCCCUGAAGCUCCCCGGCCGGCAGCUCGGCUCUGAGAAGCUGAACCCAGUUAUGGACGUCCCCGCUGUUUCGCCUUCUGAACCAGAAUCGGAACCGUUGCCGCCACCGGGCCCGCCUCCGAUGGACAUCGAAGCUGAUUUCUCCAUCGAAACCCUGGAGCGGAUGGCCCGGCUGAGAGAGCACUGCAACAAAUCCCCGAGUCCCGCGCCUGUGCCGAAACGGAGGCAAGCUCAGAGAAAAGCCAGAGACAAGAGGGGUCGUAAAUCGCAGCGGUCGUCUAAAGCCGCUGAAGAGAGUCCUCCUAGAACCUCGUCCAAGAAACCCAUUUCUGCAGAAAUCCUGAAGCUAAAGAGCGAGUACGGUAUCGACGCGUGGAAGCGUUGGAUCCAGUGGCGGCAGACUCAGCCCAACCUGGAGCAGCGUCGCUUCGGCUCGCGCCCUCUGGAGCUGAAGGAGGAUAUUCUCCGCUGCACCACAGCCGAACUCAGCUACGGUCUGUGUUGCUUCAUCACUGAGGUGAAACGACCCAACGGGGAGCCGUACUCCCCCGACAGCCUGUUCUACCUCUGCCUCGGGAUCCAGCAGUAUCUGUUUGAAAAUGGCCGUGUGGAAAACAUCUUCAUGGAUCGAUUCUACUGCAAGUUCUCCUCAGAUUUCACCAACAUGCUGAAGAGUUUCAAACCCACCGUCACCCGCCGAGGAUACAUCCAUUCCCGGGUGGAGGAGGAGUUCCUGUGGGGGUGCAAACAGCUGGGGGCGUACUCCCCCAUCGUCCUCCUCAACACUCUGCUCUUCUUCUGCUGCAAGUACUUCGGCUUCACCACGGUGGAGCAGCACCGCCAGCUUUCCUUUGCACACGUCAUGCGCUGCACCAAAACCAACCCGGACAACAGCAAGACCACCUUCCUGCGCUUCUACCCGCCCAUUCCCAUAAACGAAGCCGAGUCAGAUCCAGACGCCGUUCCAGCGAAGAGACGCAAAGAAGAGGAGAGUAAGGAGGAAAUCCUGGAGAUGAUGGAGAACACUGAGAACCCGCUCCGCUGCCCAGUUAGGCUUUACGAGUUUUACCUCUCCAAAUGCUCCGAGUCGGUCAAGCAGCGCACCAACAUGUUCUACCUUCAUCCUGAGCGUUGCUGCGUCCCUAACAGCCCCCUGUGGUUCUCCUCCACUCCUCUGGACGACGUCACCAUGGAAUCCAUGCUGACCCGCAUCCUCACCGUCAGAGAGCUGCAUCUCAGGACCAAGAAAGACCAGCAGGCGGUUUCUGACCCCACCUUUCAACCCGAAGAUGAAGAAGACUCUGACUGAUGGGGAGAACCCAAGUGACCUUUUAGUGCUGGUUCAACCGCUGGUCUAAAUGUAAAUAAACUUCAACGUUCACUACAACUUGUUCUCGGUAAUCCAGAAAAGCAUUGAGCUGCAGAAAAAUCCCAUUUCCUAAACUCUGAGCAAGAGUUGCACAUCUCCAAACGCACACCGUCUCUGCGGCCCUGAAAGAUGCAGAGCUGCAUAGUUUAAACCCUUCUCAUUGAUACGGUUUGUUUCCUUCCACGUGUUACGAUUCCUAACAUUUCAGCGAACGCAAGUCUUCUGUGUUUUAUUUUUUUUGAAAGGUAAAUGAUGGAUUUCCACACUAAAGAUCUGGAUUUAUGCAAAAGAAUUAAGUUCCCAGAACAAUGACUGAUCUUUUUCCACUUUAUCCCCCCUAAAUCAGAAAUCCUGUGAUUUUAAAGAUGAAUAAAAAUGAUCAAAUAUCUUUAAAGAUAGUGAUGCUUGUUGGUUUCCUGCUUGGUUUAGAUAAACGUUUGCUCCAAAAUACCCGAUUCAAAUGAUCGGAUUAACUCUGUUAUUAUUUUUACCUGAUCACUUGUAUAAAAAAAUAAAUCUAAAACAUGCAGGAUACUGAACUGCCUUCUCUGUUUGGGGAAAAUACAAUUCUGAGACCAUUUUUAGCCCGUUUACACUAAUAUAUGAAUCAGAUUUGAGGAAGGAUUAUAUAAAGUAUUUCAUUAUCCCAAACUGCAUUGAGACUGUGAUGAUUAAGGGGGGCGGAGUCAAACAAUGUUUGUUCUCCAAACGAUUUGAAUGUAGCUGCAGGAGUGAAGUUUGGGAAAGGAAGCUCAAAUAUUAACCCAAAACAUGAUAUUUUGCCGUUUUUUGGUAUGAGGUUUUGAUAUUUUGGGAUAUUGUCUAAUCCUCAACGAGUCCUGGGGUCAUGAUGCUGGUGAACCGCAGCAAUCUACGUGUAUCUUGGUUAUUCUAACCACCUGUCUUUAGAUUAUAGCUGUAUGUUUUCUAUUGUUUGUUCUCAUUUUUAAUAAAAUAUCAUA